UUGUAAUUCGGCAAAUCAGGUAACCUUAUUGAAUAUCAAUAUCUUUCUUUGUUUAAUUUGACUUCUAAUAGUUGGAAACCCAACUGUAAAGCUAUCAUGUAUGCCAAGUUUGGUACAAAAAAUAUUUUAAAGAUUCAACAAAAGUAUGUACCCCCAUAAAUAGUGAGUUAUUGGUUGUGAAAAUACAUUGCAGAGCAAAAUAAAUUCAGACUAUCACAUUAUUCAACCCCUUUAUCAGAUAAGAGGCAACUGCUUAAUUACUGAGCUUUCAUAGGAAUUUGUUUAAAUAUAUCAUAUAUCAUAUAAUUUACAUGACACAUCAAUUUCAAGCCUCCAAUUAACAAAUCAAUGCUCGCUAUCCUGUUAACUGGCCGUAUGAAUACAACAAUAUAACGCAUUUAUUCGCGUAAGAACUACUUUUAGUACACUCUAAAAAACAAACGUUUACUAGAGACAUGUUGAAGUGCUUGUUCCUAAACGCUAGUGUAUAUCUUACUUCACUGGUGCUUAAUAAUAACCACAGUCUGCCAUACAACUAACACACACAUGUGCAUUCAUAAAUGCACACCCGUUUGUUCUUUUUCGCACCACAAACAAGUUUUUAGGACAGACAUGUUGAAGUGUUUGUUCCUGGACGCAAAUGCAUAUUUUACGUCACUGGUGUAAAACAGGUUUGAGAUACAAGAUACACACACACGUAUUUCUAAGUGUACAUCCGUUUACUAAUAUUACAUUUUUGAUCAAAAUAAUAGAAAUAGUUAUGUCGACUAUUAUUUCUAAUUUAUUUUAAACAAACUGAAUUUACACUAUUAAGCUUAUCUAUUUAGAUCUAUCUUUCAUCUGAAAGCUGAAUACCUUUCCAUGGACCUCUUACGAAUGGUAUGUAUCUAACAUAAAUUGUAUAUAUCGGCAGAUUUACUUCGUGUGCCUCAUGCCGCAUGCAUCUAUCCAACAACAAAUCCACGCAUACCUCAAUAUAUGUUGAGAAGUCAAAAUGUGAUUUUUCACCCGUAAGGUCCUUUAUCUCAUGGUUGGUCACAUGAGUUGAUUUAUUAACUCCAGUGUUUAUAUACUAUCAGCAGUGUGGUAAAAUAUAUGACGUCACUAGAUGACGUCAUUAUACUGAGUGGUUGUCGCCAUUUUGUACUAAGUGUUCCUGUACAAGAUUACUCAAAAUUGCGUAAGUAGUAUUGCAAAACUGAAGUGAAAUUUUAUUAUAUUAACUAGUGGAAAACACAAUAUCAGAGUUCACGCAAGUCUUGUUUGAAUCUAGAUUGUUAUAUAGGCCUAACUAGAUUGUUGUUGUGUAUAUCCUUAAUUUUCUAAACAACUGCAGGUUCACCUUCCGUCUUCAGUGAAGGCAGGUCUACUGUCAUGUGGGUAUGUCUCCCUUCACACAAUAUUUCCGAUACAGAGAAGUCACUGUUUCUAAUGACGAUCUCUUGUCUGAAGAAGAAUAUUCUGUCGAUCUCAAAGAACUUCAAGCUGAAUGGGAAAAGGCCAAACCAAGUAACACUCACAUCAAGCUGCUACGUCAGUACAGAAAAAGGUGGAUGACUUCUUUACCAGACGGAACGAUCCAGCCCAUAAUUGAGGCGUAUCCCUUUUUCUCAGAAGGACAACAUGUGCUGUCGGAAUUCUUUGCUAUUGUGUACCCAGAAAAGGAGGAGGAACAGGCCAGACAAGAUGUCUGUCAGAAGGUUGAAUGGCUCCUGCGGCACAAAGAUGACAUAACAGAAGUUGACUUACUGGUGGACAUGGAAAAGGCUGUGGCAGUCGAAAAAGGACGAGCUAAGAAGUCCAAGUCAAUCAUUAGUGUCCAUAAGGUGGAUGGUGUGGCUUCUGUCAAAGAAGCAUUUUUUUAAUCCAAGGAAUUCACCUCGCCACGCCUCAUCAUUGUCGUCAAUAAGGAUGACAACAGUUUCAUGACAGCCUACAUUGUGGUGGACAGGACGAAGAUAGUUUGCCAAGCUGCAUCUAUCUUGGAUGCAGCAGUUGUGCUACUGGCAGCGUAUUAUGUAUCUGAUCUGAGCUACCCAGGCAUAUAUACGCGUGCGCUUGGAUUGCUGCAGCAGUUUGUGGUGGGUGACGCCUACAGUGGACCUAAAGGAACAAAAUGGAUCACUUUCGUGAAACGUCUCACCCUGGACUCUCCCAAGUCUAACUGACUCAGUCAUUAGUGUUUAUCACUGAACAUGUAUUCUAACAUAAACAUGUAUAAGUGUCUA